AUGGUUCCAAUCCCCGAAACCGUCUCCUCACUUCUUUUGCGACGACAGUUCGCCCCCGAUACUCCCUUCACCGAAAAGGCGAUCGCUCUGAUCAUAUUCGCACACGGACUGGCAACGACCGCCAACGGCGCGACUAUAUCGAAUUGUAUCCACCUCCACUCCCUCGUGGACAAUCUCAACACAGGAGAUCCGUCUCCAUGCCGACUCAUCUGCCAGUGUGAUCCCGACGAUCCCAUAUCUCUGCCGCGCCGACGACGUGACACACGCGUCGUACAAGGCACCGUGCGGCCACAAAACGAUGAACCAGUGCGUUUCGAAUCGGAGAAUUAG